AUGGACUGUGAUAAAAAACUUGAAGAAUUGGCUCUCAAUUUGUUUAAAAUUGAUGCCGUAAAGUUUGGUGACUUUACAACCAAAAGUGGCAUAAAGACGCCGGUUUACUUCGAUUUGAGGGUUAUUGUUAGCUAUCCAAAUGUAAUGGAAUCAAUUUCCAAUCUUCUUUAUGAAGUAACAUUGAAAAAUAGUAAUUUUGAGCAUCUUUGUGGAGUACCAUAUACAGCCUUGCCAAUUGCCACUUUGCUAAGUGUUAAAGCCAAGAAAUCUAUGUUGAUGCGGCGAAAGGAGGCUAAGUCUUAUGGCACCAAGAAAGUUAUUGAAGGACAUUAUAAAGCUGGCCAGAAAUGUUUUAUUGUAGAGGAUGUAGUUACAUCAGGUUCAAGUGUGCUUGAAACAGUAAGAGAUUUAAGGAAUGAAGGUUUGAUAGCUGAUGAAGCUGUUAUUAUUUUGGAUAGAGAACAGGGUGGAAAGCAAAAUCUAGAAUCAAACAAUGUUAAAAUGACAUCUCUGUUUACCAUGUCUAAAUUAAUUGACAUUCUGAUUAAGAACAAAUGCAUAAGUGAGCAGACUGGGACUGAAGUUAAUAGCUAUUUUAAAAACACCCAAGCACCAUCACUUGUGCCAUCAAUUGAGAGAAUAUAUCUACCUUUUGAAAAACGAGCUGAACUAACAACAAAUUCUAUAGCUAAAGAUCUGUUUAACAUAAUGGCUACAAAGAAAACUAAUCUCUGCCUCUCCAUAGACCUGACAACUUCUACACAGAUAUUUAAUCUUCUAGAAAAAGUUGGGGAGCAUGGGAAUCUUAUCACACCAGAGUAUACAGAAGCAACUGUGAAAAUGGCUGGAAAAUUUCCACACUUGAUAACUGGCUUUGUUUGUCAAAAGAAAGAAACAUUCAAGGACCCUGGACUCAUACAGCUCACUCCAGGAGUUCAGCUUGAGAGUUCCAAAGAUGAACUUGGGCAGGUGUACAAUACUCCAGAGAAAGUUGUUCUAGAUAAUGGAGCAGAUGUGGUGGUGGUUGGGCGUGGCAUUGUUGCCUCCAAAAAUCCAGAAGUCCAAGCUGUUAUAUAUAAAGAUACUCUCUGGAAAUGUUACAUGAAGAGAAUUUCUGGGAAACUAGAA